AUGAGGCCUGGAGAUCGGAUGCCGAUCCAAAGCACCACCGGAAACCGCCCCAUGAAGCGGCACCACACAACUCGUUACUAUGCCCACCGUGUGAAAGAAAGUCUAACCACCAGAAUCACCAAGCUUAUUUGCACCAUCUUUUUGUUCACCUUCUUUGUUCUUGGCCUUAUCGCGUUCAUUUUGUGGCUCAGUUUGCGUCCUCACCGGCCCAGAUUUCACAUACAUGAAUUUUCGAUCCCAAGCUUCAGCCCAGAAACUGGAUAUGCAAAUGCCAGUAUAAUCUUCAAUGUAACAGAUCGAAAUCCUAACCACAAGGUCGGGUUUUACUACGAUGCCAUGCAGAUAACGGUGAAUUACCAGGAAAAAAAUAUAGGCGACGUGAUAUUAUUAUUUCCAUUCUAUCAAGAGCCAAAAAACACAACAAUCCUUUAUGGUAAUAUAGGCGGCGCGGCCUUGAAGUUGACAGGUGAGCGGUGGCAGCAGAUAAUGGCAGAUCGAACACGAGGGACAGUGAUAUUUAGUCUUGAAUUAUCUUCAAGCAUUAGAUUCAAAAUAUUCGCAUGGAUAAGUAAGCGCCAUAAAAUCCAUGCAACUUGUGCAGUUGGAGUAGGUUCCGACGGCUUCAUCUUGCUAAGUUAUAAAGAUAAGAGAUGCUCAGUUUAUUUCACCUGA